GUAAAAAGUAAAAGAGAUACUAAACUUCAUCAGAAAGCACUUGUGUUUUCUACGUAUCGACGCCGCAGACAGACUGAUGUAGACGGACAGAUCAGAACAGAGAGAAGUCAUAAUGGGGAACAGGCUGUGUAAGGAAACGUCGGAAAAGCCAAAAAAGUCAACAAAGCCGAAAAAGCCGAAAAAAUCGAAAAAAUCGAAACGAUCUCAAAAAGUUGAGGAAGACAGAAUAAGUCUUAGGUCUUCUGGUGAAAAUGAACUUCAGCAGACAAAAGCUGCCCUCGAACAAAAAGAAAAGGAGCUUGAAUCAGUUAAUAAAAGACUGUCUGAGACAGAAACAACUCAUGAAAAGAAGAUCCAGGAGAUCAAAGAAACUUUAGAAGAAAAGGAAAAAGAAGUGGAAGCAGCCAAUGAAAGAUUGACGGAGACAAAAUCAUCCCAUGAAAAUGAGCUCCAGGCGAUGAGAUCUGAACUUAAACAAAAACAAGAUGAACUGGACUCAGCCAAUCAAAGACUGACUGAAAUGAAGACGUCGCAUGAGAAGGAGCUUCAUGAGAUUAGAUCUGAUCUUAGAAAAAAUGAAGAGGAACUGAAAUCAGUCAAACAAAGAUUGACUCAAACACAGACCUUGCAUGAAAGUGACCUCGAACAAAUCAGAUCUGCCCUGGAGCAGACAGGAAAUGAACUAAAAGCAGCUGAUCAAAGACUUAAUGAAACAAAAACGUCAUAUGAAAACAAACUUCUUCAGGCAGGAUCUGAGUUGAAGCAAAAAGAAGAACUGAAUUCAGCUCUUCAAAAGCUGAUUGAAGCAAAGACGUCUGAUGAAAAUAAACUUCAAAGUGCGAGCCUGCCUGAAAUACAGAGUAAUUAUGUAGCUGAGCUCCAGCAGACGAGCCUCAUUGCUGAAAAAAUGUCUCUGGAAGCAGAUCUUUAUGAUGUGAGAUCUGCUCUAAAACAGAAAGAAGAAGAACUGAUAUCAGUCAAUGAAAGGCUGAACAAUGAGCUCCAGACAGUCAGAUCUUUGCUCAAAAAUAAAGAAGAACUAGAAUCAGCUAAUAAAAGACUGACUGAGGAAAAGACUGUUCAUGACAAUGAGAUCCAGAAGAUCAGGUCAACUUUAGGAGAAAAAGAAAAAGAAUUGAAAUCAGCCAAUAAAAAAUUGACUGAAGCAAAAACAUCCCAUGAUGAUCAGCUCCAGAAAAUGAGAUCCGACCUUAAACAAAAAGAGAAAGAACUAGAAUCAGUUCAUAAAAGACUGACUGAGACUCAGACUUCUCAUGAGAAGGAGAUCCAGAAGAUCAGGAAAAGAGAAGAAGAACUGAAGUCAGUCAAUCAAAGACUGACUGACACAAACAUAAAUCUAGAAAAUGAGCUUCAAAAAGUGAAGUCUGACCUUACACAGAAAGAAGAAGAACUUAAAUCAGAGAUUAAAAGGGAAAAAGAAGAACUGAAUUCAGUCAAUCAAAGUCUGACGGACACAAAGACAUCUCUUGAAAAUGUGUUGCACAAAAUGAAAUCAGAUCUUGAACAAAAAGAAGAACAACUACAGUCAGUUAAUAAAAGACUGACUGAGGAAAAGACGAUGCAUGAAAAGGAGAUCCAGGAGAUCAGAGUUUCUUUAGAAGAGAAAGAAAAAGAAGUGAAAUCAGCCAAUGAAAGACUGACUGAAGCAAAAAUAUCCCAGGAAAAUGAGCUCCAAAAGAUGAGCCUGCCUGAAAUACAGAGUAAUUAUGUAGCUGAGCUCCAGCAGACGAG